AACGCCUCACUGCGAAACACGGAGUUGUUUAUUCGUAACACCUUGUGACAGCUGUGAGUAGCUAGCUACAGCCAAGUUUCUGGCUAACUUGACUUUCAUGAAAUUAUUUUAUUGUUUUCUGCUUUUCAUCUUUAACGGGCUGAUUGGAAGACUGUGGACAUGGAGCCUGCCUGCCGUAAAGACAAGUCAAAGCUGAACUCUACCCCGACCAGAGGAGACAGAGCCAAGCAGAAAUCUGCCCAGCAAGAGCUGAAACAACGGCAGAGAGCAGAGAUUUAUGCCUUAAACAAGGUGAUGACAGAGUUGGAGCAGCAGCAGUUUGAGGCCUUUUGUAAACAGAUGCAGUCACAAGGAGAAUGAAGAGUUCCUGCCUAUUCUGCCUUCCUCUUUCAUUUUGACCAGGACCUGUCACCCCCCGGAAACACCAUGUACGCACACUAAGAGCAACACGCAGCCACACACUUAUGUUCAAUAAGACAAUCUUUGCUGUUUUACUGGCUCAGAUUUCAGAUUCUCCGUAACCUGAAUAUGCCAGAGAUUAUGGUAAUAGUAAACUGAUGUAAUUGUUAACUGAAAGUAUUCUAGGUAAAAAUUGCUCAAAUAGAAAGCAGAGUUACAUAUUUCCUACUGACAUAUCAGGUCACUGACAUUUCCCAUACUUUUGUUACACUAAUGUAAAAGUUGACAUAAGCUUUCACCCUCUUUUUUCAGUACUGUCAAAAUUCAAAUUUACAUAUGUUGAGAUGUAUCAGCUGACCAGGUCAAACAGAUCAUGAGCUGUAUAUUAAGUCUCUCAAGAGCUGAGCAAGAAAAUGGUCAGCAUGUUCUCAGCUGGUCAGACACCUGCCAGUUAAAAGCACACUUUUGGAACCAUGGGGAUAUGUGUAGAUGCAAACAAAGCUGCAUUAAGUGAUGUUUGACUCUGUACAAACCAACUUGACAACUUAGCAAUGAGGCUUAAACAAUCAAAAACUACCUGCCCUGGUGGAGGUGUUGAUGAAGCCUUCUAAAGGCUUGGGGCUUUUUUAUAGGUUCAGUUGUUAUUUGUUAUUUGUUAAAUCUGUAAUUCUCUUGUUCAGAAGUGCUGCAAUAAAUGCACAUAUUAUUGUGCAGCGCUUCAAAUACAAAUUUUGUCGUCCAAAAAGUCGACAUAUAAAAUAUUUUUGUUGACACAAGAUAAGAUGAAUGGACAUUAUUGGUGUAGUUUAGCACGAGUGUCCACUGUGAGCUUUGUCUUGUUUAAAUAAGACAACAGUUUUUGGAGAUCAAUAUUAAUUGAAAUAUUGCUUUUAUUCCCUUAUUAUUUGGACCAGGUAGAAAUGUUCCCAUACUUUACUUACUCCUAGUACUCCCACAACUUGUACCUUUGUAGAGCACGUUGCCAUAUUUCUCAGUUAUUGUCUCUUAUCAUCCCAAUAUGUGCAUCAUUUAUAUCAUUAAGAUGGCUGCUUAAUCAUUAAGCCACAGAUUGAUUGAUUGAUUUAAAGGAUAACUUUCGUUUUUUACAACCUGGACCUUAUUUGUAUCAUUAAAUACGACCAUUUACUCACCCAGACAACUUUGGUGGCAUUUGGAGUCGUUUUGAAGAAA